AUGUUAUUGGUACAUGCGGAACAAGACCUAGAUUGGAAUACAAAUGAAGAGUUUCUCGUGCAUUCACAUGCACUUGAGAAGGUAGAUUAUUCACCAGAGCAUAACGUGGAACAAAUAACACUUAAAGAUCAAAACCCAGCAUCACGUUCUCAACGUGAGAAACAAGUUGCCAUUAUUACGUAUGCAAAUUUUAAUUCGGUGGACAGAAUUGUUGCUUCGAAACCACUUGAUCCCUUAUUUAUUGAACAUGUGGAAAAAUUUGUCAGAAAAUUGGAAGAAAAUGAUCCACGAUUACGGAAUCAUCAAAUAAGAAUUGAGAAAGUCAAGAAAAAACGAAAUCUGUAUCACGAACGAAAAGAACAACAUUGA